ACAUACACUAAGAUAGUAAUCCAUCCACAGUAAAACUAUAAAGAAAAAGAAAGAAUGGCAUCCAACGACGAACUUGCUUGCAUUUACAGUGCUCUCAUCCUUGCUGAUGAUGAUGUACAGAUCACCGAUGACAAAAUCAACACCAUCCUGAAUGCUGCCGGUGUAUCAGUAGAACCCUUCUGGCCAACUCUGUUUGCCAAGGCUGUCCAAGGCAUGAACAUUAGGGACUUGGUGUCCAAUGUAGGAAGCGGUGGUGGUGGUGCUGCAGCCCCAGCUGCUGCUGAUGCAGGUGGUGCCCCUGCUGCAGAGGAGAAGAAGGAAGAAAAGAAGGAGGAAUCAUCAGAGGAAGAAGAUGAUGACAUGGGAUUCGGUCUCUUCGACUAAGUUCCUGC